AUGGGAACAGUUUCUGUAUUUGUCCCCAUACCGAAGGUUACAAAAUUGGAACUGGUUUUUAAAGAUCAAGUUUAUUUGGCUGGUGAGACUAUUGAUGGCAAGGUUGUCUUGGAACUGAAUGAGCCUUUGUUCCUUUAUUCGGUGAAGUUAAAGAUAGCAGGAAAAGGAUUUGUGGAGUGGAUUGGAGAAGCCGAUGAAAAUCUGGAUUACACCAGGAAAAUCCACUGCAGUAACAGAGAAGAUUAUUUUCAUCAUAUCUUCACACUUUGGGGAGCAGAUCACGAUGCUGAAGGAUUGGAACAAACCCUGGAAGCUGGCCCCCAUGUCUUCCAGUUCAGCUACAAACUAGAAGAUACUCUCCCAUCUAGCUUUAGUGGUAGUCAUGGGAAAAUCCGUUAUUACGUGCGGGCGUUCUGCACAGCCAUUGGGGGAACUCUAGCACAGGUGGAGAAGAUUUUGAAAAUACAGGAAACAUUCAACCUUAAUCUUGAUCCCAGUAAUAAGCUCCCUCUGAAGUUGACAGCUGAGAAAGAAAUUUCAUACUGGUGCUGGAAGAUGCCAGGGAUUUCUAUGAAUGUAACAGUGGACAAGAGUGGGUUCGUCCCUGGUGAAGACAUCAUCAUCACGUCUGAAAUCGACAACCGAACAAUGAGAUUUCUCCGGAUAAUCUGUUACUCCAUUGGAGCUGAGAUCAAGUACAAGGCAUUCGUUCAGGAAGCACUGUGCGACCAUUACCGCGAGUUCAUUGAGAAGAGCGAACUUAAGAAGAUGGAGGCAGUGAUCGAGGCUCCACCAAGACGGGUCACAAAAAUCCUCGGAUCCUUACAGCUGCCGAAACCAAUGUUUAUCAGCGAUAUGUCAAGAUGUAAGAUUAUUUCAAUCUCAUAUCAGCUGCAGGUGACAAUUCCCAUCCCAGCAUAUCACGUCUCAGUGUCGGCCUCAGCCCCCAUUAAGAUCGGAACAAUUCCAGUACACAUUUCUCUUUAG